AUUAUAAUAUAUUUAGUGAUUUAAUCUUUUAAAUUCAUGAAAUUAAAGGGUAUAUGGUUUGCUUAUACUUGUCACCAUCAACAGCACUUUGAGUCUGUAUAUAUAAACCCCUUCAAACUUCAAACUCAAUCCUGACCUUAUUAUUUUCAACCAAUGAAGCCCAAUCCGAUUGAUCAGCUUUCUAUUCCCACCACCAACGGAAACCUCCACAAACCACUCAUCACCACCAACCACUUCAUCCUCCCCGUCAUAACUCUAGCUCUCCUAAUCACCGUCCAUCUCUACAUCGGAAACUUUUCCGACCUCCGGCUACUCAACACCGCCACACCCGCCGGAAACUCAACCGAGGAUCUCAAGUGUAACAUCUUUCAAGGGAGUUGGGUGUUUGAUGACGAGAGGGAAACUUAUUAUACAAAUGAAACGAAAUGCAUUAUUGAUGAUCGACAAAAUUGUAUGAAGUAUGGAAGACCAGACACUGAUUUCAUGAAGUGGAGAUGGAAGCCGGAUAAAUGCGAGUUACCUGAAUUUGAUGCGGCUGAGUUUUUGGAGGUUGUCAGAGGGAAAAGCUUGGCGUUUAUCGGAGACUCGGUGGGAAGAAACCAAAUGCAAUCAUUGGUUUGCAUGUUAGCUAGUGAAGCUUAUCCUAUUGAUGUUUCGUAUACCAAUGAUACAAGAUUCCGACGAUGGGAAUUUCCCAGCUACAACUUCACAUUAAUAGCAAUAUGGUCUCCUUUAUUGGUGAAAACUCGAGAUCCAAAUCCAACAAACUUCACUCGCGACAGUAUAAUGAAUCUUUACUUAGAUGAACCAGAUGACGCGUGGACAUCCGAGAUAGAAAACAUAGAUGUGAUCAUAUUUUCAGCAGGACAGUGGUUUUUCCGACCAUUUAUGUAUUAUGAAAAGGGUGAAAUCGUAGGUUGUCAUUUCUGCAAUAAAGACAACAUCACAGACCUCACAGUCUACUACGCAUACCAGAUGGCAUUCAAAACAGCAUUCACCACGCUUCUAAACCAUCAAAACUUUACAGGGUUAGCGUUUUUAAGGACGUUUUCACCACAACAUUUUGAGAAUGGAGAUUAUAACAAUGGUGGGAAUUGUGUGAGAACGAGACCUUUCUCAAAGGAAGAGAUGAAGUUGGAUGGGUAUAAGUUACAGAUGUAUUUAACUCAAGUGAAUGAGUUCAAGCUUGCACAGAGUGAAGGGGAAUUGAGGAAUAAGGAGAUGAAACUCAGGCUGUUGGAUACUAGUGACGCUAUGAUAAUGAGGGGAGAUGGACAUCCGAACCAUUUUGGGCAUCCGGCUAGUGAUAAUAAAAGCUACCCGGAUUGUGUUCAUUGGUGCAUGCCUGGCCCUGUUGACACGUGGAAUGAGUUCUUGCUUGAAAUGUUGAAGAUGGAAGAAGGAGAAGGGUUUAUUGAAAGGGCACCUCAGAGGAACAUCACCAAACUCAACCUCAGAUGAAUCCAUCUCUUAUUUAAUUGAAGAUGUAAUUACAGUAUUUUAGAAUUUGUAUGUAGUCCAUAAUAUUUUUACGCAGUGUUUCAAGAGUGCUUAUAAUUAUAAAUAUACGAUUAUACAUGCAAGUAGCAAUUGCAGAGGAA